AUGCUCGCCUAUUCCUGUCGGAAGCCGGAGCGCAUCACAAUCUGCACCAACUGCCAGACCUCCGCCACUACACUUUGGCGAAGAAACGCCGAGGGGGAACCCGUGUGUAACGCUUGUGGACUCUACUUUAAGCUGCACAGGGUAAACCGACCUCUUUCCAUGAAGAAGGAUGCAAUACAAAAAAGGAAACGUGGAAAAAAGAAAUUUGACAAACGGGAGGCGUGUGGUUCCUUUGUGCGACAGGUAGGUGCACUACGUAACGCGCCCUGCGGAAUCUCACUAAAGAGAGAUGACCAAACUUUUAAAAAAUCUUCCGUAGCUGCUGCAUUUUAG